UUUGAUUGGAUGAAAAAUACACAAAUGCAUCUCAGACGAACAUUAAAACUCGCUAAUAAUAAACUGAAGAAAUGGGUUCGCCUCUUCUCCCAUCCAGUUGGUGGCGGUAGUGCACCAACUACUAUCCCCCAAUAACAGCGAAUAAGAACGAAAACCAUAGAAGAAGUCAAAAGGCGAAGCCAGCAGACGCAAAAUAGCACAAUUGAAAUAGAUCAAAACAGAGAUGCAGUUAGCUUUAAGUAAAACGUUUGGCCAGAAACCAGUUAAAUUCCAACUGGAGCAAGAUGGCGACUUUUACAUGGUUGGUUCGGAGGUGGGAAACUAUCUACGUAUGUUCCGAGGCUCUUUAUACAAAAGAUAUCCAUCUUUAUGGAGGAGGCUGGCCUCAGUGGAGGAGAGGAAGAAAAUCGUAGCGUCAUCACACGCCACCAGUGUUACUCUGCUGAAGGCGUCAGAGUGUGAGGAGAUCUUUGAGGGCAACGAUGAGAAAUACAAGGCGGUGUCCAUCAGCACGGAGCCCCCCGUGUACCUGAGGGAACAGAAAGCGAAGAGAAGCAGUCAGUGGGUACCGACGCUGCCCAACAGCUCCCACCAUCUUGACGCCGUGCCUUGCUCCACCACCAUCAACCGCAACCGCAUGGGUCGUGACAAGAGGAGGACCUUCCCACUGUGCUUCGAUGACCAUGAUCCUGCAGUGAUCCAUGAGAACGCGGCCCAAGUGGAGGUCUUGGUUCCCAUUCGCCUCGACAUGGAGAUAGAUGGGCAGAAGCUCAGAGAUGCCUUCACGUGGAACAUGAAUGAGAAACUGAUGACCCCGGAGAUGUUUGCAGAGAUUUUGUGCGAUGACCUGGACCUGAAUCCUUUGGCUUUCGUCCCUGCCAUCACGUCAGCCAUACGUCAACAGAUUGAGUCGUACCCGACUGACAGCAUUUUAGAAGAGCAGGCAGACCAGAGAGUCAUAAUCAAGCUCAACAUUCACGUCGGAAACAUUUCUCUGGUGGACCAGUUUGAAUGGGACAUGUCGGAACGUGAGAACUCUCCCGAGUCGUUUGCAUUGAAGCUUUGCUCCGAGCUGGGUCUUGGAGGGGAAUUUGUUACCACCAUCGCCUACAGCAUUCGAGGACAGCUAAGCUGGCACCAGAGAACAUAUGCCUUCAGUGAGAACCCGCUCCCCACUGUGGAGAUUGCCAUCCGUAACACAGGCGACGCAGACCAGUGGUGCCCCCUUCUGGAGACACUCACAGAUGCCGAAAUGGAGAAAAAGAUCAGAGACCAAGACAGGAACACACGACGAAUGAGACGACUGGCCAACACCGCUCCAUCCUGGUAAGGCAAGAGGUCUCCACACUGAUGAUGACCAGACCACUUCCACAUGAUUGAGGACCCUCACCUAUGAAUAUCCCCGAAGUAUUUUUUUUUUUUUUUACAAUGAACAUUCACACGCAUUCAAUGACUGCAAAGUAUGUUUUUGUAUGCAUUUUUAGAAACUGCUAAUCACAUUUCAGUGCUUGCUAUCAACGACGCCAUUUACUAAAAAAAAUAACACACCCCAUGAAAUAUUGACUUUUUCAAUAAUAGAAGCAUAAAUAUUAUAUCUACAGAUAAUGUCAUUGCAUCACCUGUGUGAAAAUGACGUUCAAUAAUUUCAGAUAUAAACACCCGAUGUAGGGCGGCACGGCGGUCGAGAGACCAGGGUUCAAUUCCACCCUCGGCCAUCUCUGUGUGGAGUUUGCAUGUUCUCCCCGUGCAUGCGUUGGUUUUCUCCGGGUACUCCGGUUUCCUCCCACAUUCCAAAAACAUGCUAGGUUAAUUAGCGACUCCAAAUUGUCCAUAGGUAUGAAUGUGAGUGUGAAUGGUUGUUUGUCUAUAUGUGCCCUGUGAUUGGCUGGCGACCAGUCCAGGGUGUACCCCGCCUCUCGCCCGAAGACGGCUGGGAUAGGCUCCAGCAUCCCCGCGACCCUCAUGAGGAUAAGCCGUAGAAAAUGAAUGAAUGAAUGAGUUCUCCUCCUAUUUUGUGUGGAAGUGGUAACUUUUUGGCUUCUUAUUUUGUCUUUCCCCACCCUCGGCCAUCUCUGUGUGGAGUUUGCAUGUUCUCCCCGUGCAUGCGUGGGUUUUCUCCGGGUACUCCGGUUUCCUCCCACAUUCCAAAAACAUGCUAGGUUAAUUAGCGACUCCAAAUUGUCCAUAGGUAUGAAUGUGAGUGUGAAUGGUUGUUUGUCUAUAUGUGCCCUGUGAUUGGCUGGCGACCAGUCCAGGGUGUACCCCGCCUCUCGCCCGAAGACGGCUGGGAUAGGCUCCAGCACCCCCUCGACUCUCCUGAAAGCUCCUGAAAUGAGUGGGGUAGGACCACUUAAAGUUAUUUUCUUUACUUCUAUUAACUUUUAAUCUACAAAGAUGAUCAAAAUAAAUAUCAAACGUCCAUGUGUUUGUUAAAAAAAGAUCAAUAUUUUCAUGGGGUGUCAUAGCUAAGUCAGAAUGAUUUUUUUCAUGUGUAGCAUCCAGCUAGCUCUAGACCACUGAAUGUAGGAGAAGCCGUGCAUGCAUACCUAGAUGUCGUCUUGAUUUUGGGUUAUGAAAUAACAAUAAAACACUGACCUUCAAUGUGGACGAGUGUGUACAUGCAUGCUGAACUGGUGUGUCCUCACCUUUUGGAGCUCUUUUCCAUAGGAUGUAUUCAAAUGACAUGAAGGAAAUGUUGGACCCGAACCAUCUUGGUAAUGUUCUGAUGUGGCCGUCUUUAUUAUUUCAUUUUUGGAGAAAAUGCAGUAGGCCAGUAAAAAAAAUUCAAUAUUGAGCGACGGUCCGCAAAAGCCCCCCCACACGAUGGACACUCAUGCUGUCUGCUACAGUCAUAUAAAAAUAGUUGUACUGUAAUUCGUCUUACAUGUCAUCACUGGGGUCUCCAUCAUAGCAUGUUCUUAUUUGGUUGGAUUACUUUUUAGUUUUUUAUGGAACCAUAACAAUAAAGCAACUUUAAUUUAUUUCUCUCCUUAUGUU